CUGAUUAAUGAUAACAAAAUCUAACCUAAAAGUAUUUUGGUGACAAACUAAACAAAAACGUGCAAUUGUUUCUAUUUCUACUGACAAAAGCAAAAAAUCAAUUAUAAUGGAAAAUAUUACUGAAUUAUUAAAUCAAAAAGCAGCAAAAGAUGAAGCGUCGUUAAACAGUGUAACUGUUACAAAAGUAUUAGAACCAGAAAUUGAUUUGGGUACAUUACUGUGUUUUGACUCGAAUGAUUUUGACACAAAACAACUGCGUUCUGAUCAAGAGUCAUAUUUAACUUAUGAAACUCGCAAUAAUGUUCAAUUAUUAAUCAAUAAACUUUUUGAAUUGCCUAUGAAAACUGAAGAUGGUUAUAUGUAUGUUGACUUACCAGAACCUAGAUAUAAUUUACCUAGAGAAAAACCAUUGCCAGCACCUAAACCACUAACUAAAUGGCAGAAGUUUGCUAUUGAAAAAGGAAUAAAAAAAACACCUAAACCAAAGAAGACUUGGGAUGAUAUUCUGCAGAAAUGGGUACCUACCUAUGGUUAUAAAAAAGCAGCUGCAGAAAAAGAAAAAGAUUGGAUUUUAGAAGUGCCUGGAAAUGCUCCUGAUCCUAAUAUUGACUUAUUUGCUCAAAAAAGAGAAGCCAAAAAAGAAAGAGUUGCUAAAAAUGAGUAUCAAAGACUGCGAAAUAUUGCAGCAUCACGUAAAAUCAAAGUUCCUGCAGUUGGACUACCACCUCUUGAAGGAACUUUACAUUCAAAUCAGCUAAAAACUGCUGUUGAUGUAGCAAGAAUUUCAACUGCAUCAGUUGGUAAAUUUCAACCAAAACUGAAAAAAGAAGAUUUAUCAAAAAAAAAAAGUAUACCUGGAUUAAAAAAAGAAAAGGUUCCAGCUAAGAGCAUGAAUGAAGAAAAACAGAAUAGUUUACAAAUUUUAGAAACCAUUAAUAACAAAAAACCUAAAUUUAAUUUAGAAAAGGCUGCUAAUAAAGCAAUUUAUGAAGAAGAAACACAGAGAUUUAGAGAAAAAAAUAGUGAUGAUAAGAAGAAAGGUGGAAGAGGUAGAAGUAAAAGUUCAUUUAAAAGACCUACUGCUAAUAAAGGAAAACGUAUGGGUAAACAAAAAGGUGGACGCAAACGUCGUUAAAUGGAGAAAAAACAUAUUAAAAUUAAUUUUCUAUUAUUAUGUGAAGUUUAUCAAUAAAGUAUGAACAAAACAUAAA